CGCCGCCGCCGCCGCUUCCUCGUCCGGGGCCUCGCGCCGGCCCCGCGCCCCCCGCGCCCCCGGCCCGGCCCCCGGGCGCCAUGCCCAGCAAGACCAAGUACAACCUGGUGGACGACGGGCACGACCUGCGGAUCCCGCUGCACAACGACGACGCCUUCCAGCACGGCAUCUGCUUCGAGGCCAAGUACGUGGGGAGCCUGGACGUGCCGAGGCCCAACAGCAGGGUGGAGAUCGUGGCCGCCAUGCGCCGGAUCAGGUACGAGUUCAAGGCCAAGAACAUCAAGAAGAAGAAAGUGAGCAUCAUGGUAUCCGUGGACGGGGUGAAGGUGGUCCUGAAGAAGAAGAAGAAGAAGAAGGAGUGGACGUGGGACGAGAGCAAGAUGAUGGUGAUGCAGGACCCCAUCUACAGGAUCUUCUACGUGUCCCACGACUCGCAGGACCUGAAGAUCUUCAGCUACAUCGCCCGGGACGGCGCCAGCAACACCUUCCGCUGCAACGUCUUCAAGUCCAAGAAGAAGAGCCAGGCCAUGCGCAUCGUGCGGACGGUGGGCCAAGCCUUCGAGGUCUGCCACAAGCUGAGCCUGCAGCAUACGCAGCUGACCGCCGACGGCCAGGAGGACGGGGACAGCGAGCCACCCAGUAGCAGCUCCGGGGACACCGGCCGCCAGCUCACCGGGGCCGAGCGGACCUGCCCGGCCGCCGCCGAGGAAACGGACAUCGACGCUGUGGAUGGCCCCGGCCCCGGCCGGGACGUGAUGGGCUUCAGCCGGGGCGUCACGGACCUGGACGCGGUGACCACCGAGGGCCCCACCCCUGACACCAAGGCGUCCCCCGAGGAGACGGUGCUCACGGCGUCCCCCCAGCUGCUGCUGCCCACCGUGGCCGCCCCCUCGCCGGCGGGGACCCCGGGGACCCCGUUGUCCGCCCACCACCAGACGCAGCUCCUGCAACAGCUCCUGAAGCAGCAGCAGACGCAGACACAAGUGGCCGUGGCCCAGGUGCACCUGCUGAAGGACCAGCUGGCGGCGGAGGCGGCGGCGCGGCUGGAGGCGCAGGCGCGCGUGCACCAGCUGCUGCUGCAGAACAAGGACCUGCUGCAGCACAUCGCGGUGCUGGUGCGCCAGGUGCAGGAGCUGGAGCUGAAGGUGGCCGGCCGGAGCGCCACGGGCUCGCAGGACAGCCUCCUGGAGAUCACCUUCCGGCCGGGCGGCCUCCCGGUGCUCUGCGACCGCGCCACGCCCAAGCCCGAGGAGCUGCCCUCGCCCCCGCCGGGCGCCGGCCUGGACCCGCCGCCGGGCAGCCCGCUAGGUAGGCGCGCGCGCUGGGUGCGGCUCGAGUGUUUCCGCUUCCCGCGCGCCCGCGACGACCCCGACGACCCCCGGGCCCCGCUGCCCGGCGGCCUGGAGCUCUUCAGGUUCCGCGAGUCGGGCAUCGCCUCGGAGUACGAGGACGGGUCCACCACGGAGGAGAGCGAGGAGCCGGACAGCUGGUCGCCCGCCGGGCUGCCCCGCCUGCUGCACGUGCUGCCCCGCCAGGAGCUGGGCGACGGCCUGGACGACGAGGUGGCCGUGUAG